UUGUUAGCAGGACUAAAGCUGGAGGUCUCGAAGCGUCUUUAGUGGUUUUGCUGGUGGGGGGGGGCGGGGGGGUUGGCCGUAAAGCAUCAAGAGGUGGUUUUUUCUGAGGAUCUCUGCAAGUGGAACCCCUGCAGGAGCUGUGAGAAACGCCGGUCGGUUUGUCAAGCACAUCGGCGUGCUGGUCGGAGGUCUCUGACCCCCCUCCCCCCCCCCCUGUUUAAAAAAAAUAUAUAUUUUCCGGGGGGAGAGAAAAAGAGGAGCAAAAAAAAAAGAAAGACACGAGGGAAAAGAGGAAGGUGGCAGCGAAGGGACCAGUGAGCCAUUUCUCUCUUUUUUUUCCUUCUUUUUUUUAUUACUUCCAUUCACAAAAAAACCCCCAAAAACCCAUCGCAUCCCAUUAUCACAGCGAUGUAGAGGCAUUCUCUCCGGUUAGAGGAGGACGGGUCCCAUUGACUGCUCAGGCUUAGCACACCUCUCUCCAAACGCUAGCCCCUUUUCAUUGCAGACCCCCACCACCUCAUCUCUCGCCUCUAUCCUCUAUGUCUCCUUCUAUUUUCUCUUUCCUCUCUCCUUUGUGUCCUCGUCCCCUUUUCACGCCACUCAGGACUCGGGAGGCACUGCGUUGUGGUCGAAGUGGGUGUUUCUGGUGCCGUCCUCGUACAAAGGAGCUGAGCCGGGAGUGAGAGAGACAGUGUUGGGAGAUAAUAAAAUAGCAGGAAGAGAGAGAGAGAGAGAGAAGGUGGGGGGGUGGGUGGUGGUGGUGGUGGUGGUGGGGGGGGGGGGAGACCUGGGACUACAGGAACAGCUGACAGCCAGCGGCAGGUGAAUUGUGAUGAAAAGAAAACUGUUACAGAGACUGACAACCGUUUUAAAGUUGUCUAUUUCUUGUUGGCGUUUACCACUUCUUUGAGGGGAAUAAAAGAAGCAGCAGUGCCAAAAACACCCCCCCAAAAAAAAACACCGCCGGGUUGGAUUCUGGAUUUUUUUUUUUUUUUUUUUUGCUGUUGCUAAGCAAAGUCUUUUUUUCUUUUUUUUUCUUCUUUCUUCCACCUGAAGUUUUUUUUUCCUCCGGCAGACAGUGUUGAGCAUCCCUCUGCAGCCAUGAAAGGAAGCUCAGAGGAAAGCAUCGAAAGCACCAGGCCCUCCAACUUGCAGGCGUUCGCUAACAUCUCCACCCUCCAUGGCAUGAGUCACAUAUUCGCCUAUGGCCACAUGACAUUCCGGCGGUUUCUCUGGAGCCUCUCGUUCCUCGGUUCGCUCAGCCUGCUGAUGCUGGUCUGCGUGGACCGGGUGUCGUACUACCUGGAGUACCCGCACGUCACCAAGCUGGACGAGGUGGCGGCGACCAACCUCACGUUCCCGGCCGUCACCUUCUGCAACCUCAACGAGUUCCGCUUCUCCCAGAUCACCAGGAACGACCUGUACCACGUGGGCGAGCUGCUGGCCCUGCUCAACAACAACUACCAAAUAGCCAACACGCACUUGGCCGAGCCCGAGGUGCUGGCCGCCCUGAAGGAUAAGGCCAACUUCCAGAACUUCAAGCCCAAACUCUUCAACAUGACCGACUUCUACAACCGCACGGGUCACGACAUCGGCGAGAUGCUGCUGCAGUGCACCUUUCGAGGAGAGGACUGCUACCCGGUGAACUUCUCCACGCGUCCCUGUUUCCGCGGCACAGUCCGUCCCUUCCCGUCUCCGCCUCCGUACCCGCAGAUUAGUAAACCUCCAAUGCUGCUGAUUCACACUUUGCCCGACACGACACGAUACUAG